AUGGAUGCUACAGACAAUAGCAGUCCCGGGACAACCAGGAGUCACCGGACUUCGACCGCCUCGGAAGGAGACCGACCACCUCUUCCUCCGAGACCAAGCGAAUUAAGCCUCAUGCAAGCCAUGUCUUCCACAGGUCACUCUUCCCGUCCUCCUACUCGAGGUCUCGUUGGGGGUGCAACGACGGCCGUGUCCAUGACCGAUGUCAGUGCCUACAGCCGACCCGACGGCUCCAAAGAGCUGCGUGUGAAUGCUUCUCGUACACCUUCCAGCCACUCAAUUCGUCCCACUACCAGCAACAGAACCAGUGAUGGUGGGGAGGACAACUCCAGCAUCAGGAGCUACGCACCAAUUGGCCGGUAUAUCCAAGAUACAGAAAGCAUAUUCGAUGGAAAUCUUCAAGAGGAACAACAUCUUUCUGAAUCAGUCAGCAGCUCCAGAGGAUUGUUCGAAGCAGAUUCAGACCGUCUGUACGAUGAAGGUGACGUCGAUUUCGACAAGGAGUUUGAAGAGGUGGACGAGAAGAUUGUUGACGAAGAGAUGGCCCAAAAGCUUUGGACCUCCAAGCGCAAGCAUUUCAUCAUACUAUCUGCAGCCGGUAAGCCUAUUUAUACUAGGCAUGGAUCGGAUGCGGUCAUCUCGAGCUAUGUUGGCAUCAUUCAGACCAUUAUCUCCUCAUACUCAGAGACAGGUGACCAGCUGGGAAGUUUCCAGGCAGAUGGCGUAUUGUUUGUCGUCCUCUCACAAACAAAUUUGUUUCUGGUUGGGAUUACGAGUCUUCCGGAGAGCGAGGCGCAAGUUCGAGUCCAGCUUGAAGCCCUGUAUAUGCAGAUUCUGUCGACUCUGACAUUGCCGACUUUGACUCAUCUUUUUUCGCUUCGCCCGUCGACCGACUUGAGGCGACCUUUGCAAGGCACCGAAGUCCUGCUGUCCUCACUGGCGGACAGCUUCACGCGAGGCUCGCCUUCUGCGCUCUUGUCUGCACUUGAAUGUUUAAAGAUCAGAAAGUCGCACCGCAACAUUAUCAACAGCACCAUGAUUAAAGCCCGAGUAGACGACCUGCUGUAUGGGCUGGUGGUUGCUGGAGGAAGACUCGUCAGCGUCAUCCGGCCGAAGAAACACUCUUUGCACCCAAGUGACCUCCAGUUGAUUUUCAACAUGCUCUUUGAAGCUGAAGGAAUCAAGGCUGGUGGAGGAGACUCUUGGAUCCCUAUCUGUCUUCCCGGCUUCAACAAUACCGGCUAUCUGUACAUGUACGUCAGUUUCCUCGACAUGGGCGGGGAGCAGGUCCGAGAAAUGGCCCAGAACGAACGUAUUGCCAAAGAGGACUCAGUGGCCAUCAUCCUCUUGAGCGCCAAUAAGGAGAGCUUCGAGGAUUUGCAAAGUAUGAAGAAUUACCUCGUCCACGAGUUUCACCGUAACAAGAGUAUGCACAUCAUCCAUGCCGCUGUACAAGCCGGCCGACCUGCACCUACAGACAUCAUCGCGGGCACCGUCCUGAGACAUUUCCUAUACAAAUCAAAAGGCAACGUACAGUUCUUUAUGCCAUCCUUCUCGCCGAACUUUGAGACAUUGAAACAGCGUCGGCGAUUGAUGUCUCUGUAUCACAAUCUGCAUGCCAGUGUGCAUGCCAAACAUGCCGCAGUGAAGGUCUAUCACAGCGUGGGAGUGUCGGCAACGGCGCUCGCUUGGGUCACACCUAUGUUUGAACUAUAUUGUGUGGCCGGACCAACGGCGUCGAGGAAUGCGUUGGCACAGAGUGCGAAUAAAGUGGUGCAGUGGGUCCAGAGAGAGGAGGAGCGGAUUUUUAUUAUUGGCGGUGCGGUAUUUUGA